AUGGCACAGCAAUCUCCAUCGCCUGCUGAUUCUCUCGCAGCCAUUGCAACUCUCACGGAUGAAAUAACCCUUCAGCAAGUUUAUCUAGUUUCCUUGAACGAUUCCUCGGGAGAUCAAUCAUCGCGCAGAGCAGAAAUCGAGGCUGAGAUUGCCAUUCUGAAAAAAGAACUUUCCACCCUUCAAGCUUCCGCCUCCCACGCUCAAGCAUCUUCUACUUCUCAGAAUAACUCCUACAUACGACCAUCCGAUAUAGCUCGUUCGAAGAUGAAUAGCGCGGUCGGGCGAGGAAGCAAUGCUGGCUAUCAAUUCAAAGAAGAAGGCGAGUCAAUGGUAUCAUUAUCCUCCACAGCUUCAACACCUGGUUCUGGAGCCUCGAUGAUUGGUUCUGGCUCACAUCGAGCUGACCUCCCCACUCGAAAGCGUACUCUUAGCAAACAUUUAGAUACGGUUGUCCCUUUCGAAGAAAUCAAAUCUCGACGAACAACACCGAGUCCUUUUGCGACAGGUGUAACAACUCCUUCGGGAAGCUCAGGGGAUGAUGAUAUAAUAAUGUUCGAUCCCACCUUUACCGAACACCAGAAGCAGGAAGAACAAAAAAUAUCAAUGGAGAGGCAAGAUGCAGAGUUUGCUAGUAGCCUUGUAAACUCAAAUAGCCCCGUCUCAAACACGCCGAUCGCUAGCUCGAAGCCUUCCGCUUUCAAUAGGCUGUUCGGAGGUCACUCAGGACGUCUCUCACAAGCUUCCACCUCUCGCGACAUCCAAGCUGCCAAGUCCUCCGCGAUGUCAAACACUUUCGACACUCAUAAUAACAGUUCCUCAAGUAGAAGUCUUCCGUGGAAAAGGGGUUCAAGUUCUAGUCUCAAGGCCGAACCACGAGCAUUGCCUUAUGUUCAACCUUCAUCUUCAGGGUUCUUUGGCUGGGGUUCUGGUGGUACUACAAUCAAUGCCGAGCCACGAACAUCGUCUUAUGCUCAACCUUCACCUCCAGGUUUCGUUGGCUGGGGCUCUCGUGGUACUACAGGUAUGCACCAAGAAAUGUCUUUUACUGCUACGAACUCCAAUCUUAUGCCAUUUCCAGAAUCGACGAUGCCUGGUACCUACAUUGAUGAUGCGGCUAGUGAUUCAUCGCUUGAAAUCAUCGAACCUUCCGCUUUCAAGGAUAAUGGUCGUCAGAAAGCCACAACUUCGAGGACUACCAAUUAUUAUGGUCAGCCAGGUCCAGUUUAUUCAUCAGAAACCCGUGCUUUGGGAGAUACUGCUAUUAGCCGUUCAAACACCAGCUUACAGGGUGUUUCUGCUUUACCUAACUGGGCAAAAAACUCUCCAAAUGUAAUGGAAAAUCCAAGUGCAAAUAUCAGUGAUACCUCGGCUUGGAUGUCAGGAAAUCAUGCCCAUGGAACGAAUCAUGAAAAUCGAGUAGGAGAGCAGAAUAUUUAUUCACCACUGUGGGAGAGGGAUCAACCAUUUAGUUCCUACAAUGGAUUGAACGCUGACUAUAAAGAUUUUCCCAUGAAUGGCACACCUUCUGCCAUGGCUUACAAUAGCACAGAUCCUUCUGGUGCAUACCCAUUCGGUUACUCCAAUUCCACAAUGCCUCUGACUGUUCCAGGAUCAAUAACUGGAGGUAUGCAUUCUUCACAUCCCAAAAACAGUAUGCAUGGGCCAGGCCCGGCUUUCAACAUUGAUUCUAUGCCAGAACACGGCAUGGGUUCAACUAAUUUUAAUUCCUUAGGAGGCACGCUUAGUAAUAGGGGCAAUCUUUUAGACGUUGAAUCGAACCUUGGCUUCUUAUCUCCCUCCUUCGCGUAUACCCCUCAGAUGACGGAACGAAUGGAACACGUCAUCAAUGAUCCUAGAAAAACUGAAAGAGAGAUCAAAGACCUGUUGGAGAAUAUCAAAGCUGAGAUUGAGAUUCCGUUAGAGGACCGAGAGGGAACACCUGAAGGAUUGAGAUAUCCGUUGUACGAGCACCAAAAAAUUGCUUUAACAUGGUUGAAACAAAUGGAGGAGGGCAGUAACAAGGGGGGUAUCUUAGCCGACGAUAUGGGUCUAGGCAAGACAAUCAGUACUUUGUCACUCAUUCUAUCACGACCAUCAACCGACCGUACGUGCAAGACUACACUUAUAGUUGCGCCUGUUGCCCUUCUUCGCCAGUGGAAUAGCGAAAUAGUUUCGAAGACAUUGCCGACGCAUAAACCCAGUGUCUACAUGGCUCAUGGAAACAGCAAGAGAUCUACUUGGGAUGAUCUCCGACAAUAUGAUGUAGUCCUCACAACUUACGGGACUUUGGCUGCGGAGUAUAAUCGACUUAUCAAAUUCGAAGAAGAGAGCAGACAAAACGGUAUCACGGAUCCUGAUCCAAAACAGAUGGCCAAGGAUUUCCCGCUUUUAGGCCCUAAGAGCAGAUUCUAUCGUGUGAUUCUUGACGAAGCACAAAGCAUCAAGAACAAAGCCACCAAAUCAGCCGCUUCGGCCUGUAAACUAAGAGCGCUGACUAGGUUUUGCCUUACCGGCACACCGAUGAUGAACAACAUUACCGAGCUUUAUUCGUUGAUUAAGUUUCUGCGCAUUCGACCUUACAGCAACUGGUCUGCCUUUACAAAGGAUUUCGGCUGUCUCUCUAAAGGAGGUUCAUCACACACAGAGGAAUAUCUCAGAAAGACCAUGCAACGUCUGCAAGGUGUUCUGAAGGCCAUUCUCCUCCGUCGGACGAAGCAAUCUAAAAUUGAUGGAAAGCCGAUUAUCAACUUACCACCCAAGUAUGAACAUAUUGAUCAUGUUGUUUUUAGCAAAGAUGAGCAGGAAUUUUAUCAAGCUCUUAAGGAUAAGACUCAACUUCAAUUCAACAGGUACAGGAAGGCUGGAACUGUUGGGAAGAAUUACUCGAAUAUCCUUGUCUUGCUACUUCGUCUUAGACAAUGCUGUUGCCAUCCGCAUCUGAUUAUUGAUCUUGAAGAAGCCGCAGCGGGCUCGGCAGAGCUCACAGAGGAACAGAUGAUUGAUCGCGCAUUGGCCCUGGAACCAGAUGUUGUCUCAAGACUACUUGCUGCAGAUGGAGGAUUCGAAUGUAACAUCUGCUACGAUGCAACUCCAAAUCCCAGUAUCAUCAUCCCUUGUGGACACGAUAAUUGUCACGAUUGUUUGAUGGCAUUAUCCGAGCAGGCCAAGCUGGCAGCGCGAGGCGACGAUGAUGGUGCCACGGCCCUCAAAUGUCCAAGUUGUCGUGGAAAACUCGACAUGGCGAAUCUUAUCGACUACAGAACUUUCAAGAAGACACAUAUGCCAUCGCCAAAAGUCAAGGAGGAAGAGAUUGUCGACGAUGCCGUCGAAAGUAGUGAUGACAGUAACAGCGACACCGAAUCCGAAUCCGACUCUGAUACCAUAUCUGAGGAUGUUGACGAGAAUGGAAAUUUAGACGGUUUCGUAGUCCCUGAUGAGAUCGAGGAUGAUGAGGCUGAGGCUGAGCAAGGUGACGAUGAAAUUAAUUUAGCAUCGAAGGUUCCUAAAUCUAAGUCAAAGUCAAAAUCUAAGAUAAAGGCGAAGAAAAACAAGGGCAAAGGGAGGGAGGUUGAAAAGCAGAAGCAACAUCUUUCAAUUGCCAUGAUGAAGAAAGAGGCUUCUAGAUCUAUUGCGGGUCAUAAGAAGUACAUGAGAUAUCUUCGAAAGAAUUGGCAAUCAUCUGGAAAAGCCGAUAAGUGCGUCGAACUGCUUGAGAAAUUUCAAAACGAAGGUGAAAAGACAAUUAUCUUCAGUCAGUUUGUGACAUUCCUCGAUCUCCUCCAGGUGCCCAUCGGAGAGAAGGGUUGGAAAUGCGAGCGCUACGAUGGAAGUCUCAAUUCCAAACGUCGAGACGAGGCAAUCAAGCGAUUCCAGGACAAAUCGGAUUGCAAUAUCAUGCUCAUUUCUCUCAAGGCCGGUAAUGCAGGACUCAACCUGACCGCAGCAUCUCGAGUUAUUAUCCUCGACCCAUUCUGGAAUCCAUUCAUCGAGAUGCAAGCAGUCGAUCGUGCUUAUCGCAUUGGUCAGAUGAAAAUAGUUCAGGUUCAUCGCAUUUUAGUACAAGAAACAGUUGAAGAUCGUAUCAUGCAGUUACAAGAACAGAAAAAGAGCUUGGUAGAGUCCGCACUUGACGAAGGUGCUAUGAAGAGCGUAGGGAGACUUGACGAGAAGCAACUGGCUUUUCUUUUCGGUGUCUGA